AUAAGCGUCAGAGCAGCUGAGUGAGGCAGCCACGGCGGAAAGUGAGAAUACGGACAUCCCGCCGCGACUCCGACCCGUGUGGCGUAGUGGGACCGUGAGACGCAAGAGACGGACCAACCGAAGAGCAACUAGAGCACUGGCAACUCUGCCUCCCCACACCCUCCCCACUGCCCCCGUCCCCUGCCAUGCCUUUGGAUUGAGGUCCAUCCCUCCACCCUGCCGCCCUCGCCACAGAUUCGCAGCGAGUGCAUCAUGGUGGAUGUAACCAAAUGGCCCCUUUUCAGCCUGAUGGGGCCCCAGGAGCUCUCCACAAUACGGAAAGCGUGCGUGUUUGGAAUGUCUGCUAACGAGGCCAUCUACAUCACCAAUGAUGAUGAGGUGUACGUGUUUGGGUUGAACUGCAGUAACUGCCUGGGGACGGGGGACAGCCAGAGCACCAUUGUGCCCAAGAAGGUGGACUUCCUGAGUGGGAGGAAGGUGGUCAGCCUGAGCUAUGGAAGUGGACCCCACAUCCUGCUGGCCACAGAGGAUGGAGAGCUAUUUGCCUGGGGCCAUAAUGGUUACAGCCAGCUGGGAAAUGGGACAACCAACCAAGGAGUAGCACCAGUCCUUGUGUCUGCCAACCUGCUCAACAAGAAGGUCACAGAGGUGGCCUGCGGAUCUCACCACUCAAUGGCUCUGACUGACUCAGGAGAAGUGUACGCAUGGGGCUACAACAACUGUGGUCAAGUGGGUUCAGGCUCCACAGCGAACCAGCCCACACCCCGCAGAGUGUCCAGCUGCCUGCAGAACAAAGUGGCUGUCAGUAUUGUCUGUGGUCAGACCUCAUCUCUGGCAGUAGUAGACAAUGGAGAGGUCUACGGCUGGGGCUACAAUGGGAAUGGACAACUUGGACUUGGAAAUAAUGGGAACCAGCUCACCCCCUGUCGCCUCGUAGCUCUGCUGGGUUUAUGUGUGCAACAGAUUGUCUCAGGUUAUGCCCACUCCCUGGCACUAACAGACGAGGGGUUGCUUUAUGCUUGGGGUGCCAACACAUAUGGACAACUGGGCACCGGCAACAAGAGCAACCAGCUGAGCCCAGUUCAGAUCAUGACUGAGAAAGAGAGGAUUGUGGAGAUUGCUUCCUGUCACUCCACAAAUACAUCAGCUGCUAAGACCCAGAGUGGUCAGGUGUACAUGUGGGGCCAAUGCAGAGGCCAGUCUAUAGUGCUGCCUUACCUCACUCACUUUGCCUGCACCGACGAUGUCUUUGCCUGCUUUGCCACCCCCUCAGUUAUGUGGAGGCUACUUUCCAUGGAGCACGACGACUUCUUGACCGUGGCUCAGUCUCUGAAGAGAGAGUUUGACAACCCAGAGACAGCUGACCUCAAGUUCUGCGUUGACAGCAAAUAUAUCUACGUCCACAAAGCAAUUCUCAAAAUCAGGUGUGAACAUUUCAGAUCCAUGUUCCAGUCCCACUGGAAUGAAGACAUGAAGGAGGUGAUUGAGAUAGACCAGUUCUCCUACCCAGUGUACCGCUCCUUCCUAGAGUUCCUGUACACAGACAAUGUGGAGCUGCCUCCUGAGGAUGCUAUUGGGCUGCUGGACCUGGCCACGUCGUACUGUGAGAACCGCCUGAAGCGUCUGUGUCAACACAUCAUAAAGAGGGGAAUCACCGUGGAGAACGCCUUCUCCCUGCUGUCUGCUGCUGUGCGCUAUGACGCAGAGGACCUGGAAGAAUUCUGCUUUAAGUUCUGUGUGAAUCACCUGACUGAAGUGACCCAGACCGCUGCCUUCUGGCAGAUUGACGGUAACCUGCUCAAAGAUUUCAUAUGUCGAGCCAGCCGCUGUGGAGCCUUCAAAAACUGACCUCCAGCCCUGAUGAUUAUAGAGGUUGCUGUGGCGACUCCGGGAGCGACUUCUCAAAGGACUUCACAACUCUUAGUCGGCCUUCACAGACGGGUGGGUACACAUAGGAAGCCUUUAGACCAUCACCAUCGCUGUCAAAUCUGUAAUUCAUCUAAUUUCAGACUAGAACCAGUGUGUCCACUACAUGAGCAGUACAUUUCACAGUGACUAGGCUGAGCUGACAGGUAGCAGCAUGGUUACACAGUGCACUUCCAGUAGCUGUUUGCACAGUGCCCGACUGCCUGUUCACUUACACAUAUUGUGUAAAGCUGAAAUCCAUUGAGAGGCAUACUGUCGCUUGUUGUUUCUAUUAACAUGAAAGGUUCUUGCCAGUUGCCUGAUAUCACUUUAUUUUUUUAAUUAUUCUGUAUAAUUGACCAAGUUACUUCUUUAUUGUUUGCACUUGUUUUGAAACACUUUGGAGUUUGGAUGUGCCAUCUGGAAUCGUGGUUUUCAGGUUGAGGUAUGAGGCUGUUUGCGCUUGCAGAUGUCGGGACAGAAUGAGUAUUUUGAAGACCGGACACCGACAUAUCAAUAAUACAGAUUCAAGCCUUUAUUAAAGGUGGGCUGAGUCAUUCCGGAGACAUCACCGUCUCUCCAACAUGUUAGCAUGCCAGAUUUACCGUCCCUGAAUUACAAAUUCAGCAAAUAUCAACAGUCUUUCUCCAGAAUGACUCACUCCACCUUUAAGUGUGUUCAGGUCAAACUCCGGUCAGCGAUUAUCAGACUUAGUCGCUUCCUCUGCUGCAAUGUUUGAAGAUGGCCCAAGGAGGGGAACUCAGGUUAGCAUCGAGCUUCAGAACAGAGUGAGAUUCAGUCUUAAACUGUUACAGAUGUGAAAAUGAUCAUCUAAGAGCUGCAUUUGUGGAUUCUGUAGGUUAGAAAGUGUUAAUUAGUGCAGCUACAACUCCAGCACUCCAUUAAAAAAAGCUCCUUUAGUUUGUCUGUUCUUAUCGCACAAAACGUUUCAGUUCUUCUUAACAGGUGGCUAAACUUGCCUUGUUGCCAGCUGAAGUACUUGGAGCCAUUAAAUUCAGUUUACAGUCGGGCUUGUGGCCUUGCAGAAGCUUAACCUGUAUGGGCCUGGACACCUUUUCAUCCACACGACAUACCUGCUGUGUGCUGAAAAGAAUAUUUUACAGUAUUAACAUUUAUAAAGUUGUUUAUUGAUAUCUGCACUACUGCUGAGUAUUUUGAAGAACAUAUUUGCUAAUUCCUAUGCAGGACAUUUCUACUUCAUAAUUAUAUGUCUGUUGAUUGAUUUACUAUUAUGAUUAUGAUUAUGCCAGUUUUGUGACCUGCAAGCAAAUGAAUAAAAAGACUCUUGACUCUUG